GGACCGAGGCGUCGACCCCGCCCCUCCUUCCGGUCCAGCCCGCGCUUCCGCUUUCCCGGCGCUUUUCUCGGGCCCGCCCGCCCAGCCGCGGCGCGUCUGCCCCGCCCCCUCCCGCCGGUCCCCGCGCGCUCUUGGCGGGAAGACCCGUCCUCUGCCGGCGGGGAGAUGUCGAGGCCUGGCGCGGCGGACAGCGAGGGGAAGGUGGGCUCUGAGGUGAACGAAUUUAAAGAAAAUCAAGAUGUCACCUACGUCUCUCUCAGACCGGUACAGACCACAGUUUUAGGAAAAACAGCAAAGGUUUAUCUCACCCCCUUCUCCCUCAGUGAUUACCAAGUGGAGCAACCCAAGCACUCCAAAUCCCUAUCAGAAAAGAAUUCCAACUACACGAUAGUGUGUCAGAAGCCUGAACUAAAGAAAGCUUGCGACGAAAUUUUAAUUCCAAAGGUGAAAGCCAUCCCUUCCAACGCAGAGUCCACUCUGCAGAAAUUGUCCUUAGAUGUUCACGCUGAAAGCAACAAGCCAGGACGCAGGAGCCCUUCAGCUGCCACCAUUCUGAGUGUUGACAUGGAGAGCAGUGAUGAGGAUGUCACCCCAGGCAUGGGUGAUUUUUCAGGAUUAUCACCAUAUGAAAUGAAGAGACUGAAGAACAUAUCAGAAAAUGCAAAGUUUUUUGCUUCUCUUCAGUUGUCUGAGUCAGCUGCAAGGCUCCGUGAAAUGAUAAAGAAGAGACAGCCUCCUAAAUCCAAAAGGAAAAAGCCUAAGAAGAAAGAAAAUGAGAUUGGAUGUAGAAGGUCAAUGCGGUUGCUGAAAGUCAGUCCUUCAGAAGUCUCAUUACCAGUAACUCCAACACAGCCAGUAUUAGUAGAAGAUGAAAAUCCUUUGUUACCUCCUGGACCUUUAGAAAUGAUUCCUGAAAAUGCAAAUGAUAACCAUGAACUAUUUAAAGGAUUUUUGCAGACAUGGGGAGAAAUGAACAAGACAAGUAGUAAGAACUACUUGGAGGAAUUGCCUAACAUUAAAAGCUAUAAAGCCAAUUUAAAUGACAUGGUCAUUAGUGAAGAUACUGUUCAUAAAGUUACCAAAAGCUCAAUAUCCUCCGUGGCUCUCCACCCAUCAGAAACUGGGAUUCUGGUAGCAGCUGGGUCCAAAUCUGGGCAGAUCGGACUUUGGGAUUUGACUCAGCAACAUAAAGAAGAUGGGACAUAUGUUUUCUAUCCCCACAGUCAGCCCGUUAGCUGUCUUUACUUCUCACCUGCCAACCCAGUUCACCUCCUUUCCCUGAGCUACGAUGGCACAUUGCGAUGCGGGGAUUUCUCUAGGGCAGUCUUUGAUGAGGUGUACAGAAAUGAGAGCAGGAGCUUCUCUUCCUUUGACUUCUUGACAGAGGAUGCUGCUACUUUAUUAGUAGCACACUGGGAUGGGACCCUGUCACUGGUGGAUAGACGGACAUCUGGGACUUCUUAUGAGAAGCUUAUUAGUUCUUCUAUGACAAAGAUAAGAACUGUUCAUGUGCACCCCGUGCACCGACAGUAUUUCAUUACUGCAGGACUGAGGGAUGUUCAUGUUUAUGAUGCCAGGCACCUGAAUUCCAGGGCAAGUCAACCUUUGAUCUCUCUGACUGAACACACGAAGAGCAUUGCUUCCGCCUACUUCUCACCUGUUACUGGUAACAGAGUGGUGUCCACGUGUGCAGAUUGUAAGCUGAGGAUCUUUGACAGCAGCUGUGUGUCUUCCCAGAUACCUCUCCUCACCUCCAUCAGGCACAACACUAUCACCGGGAGAUGGCUAACCAGGUUCCAGGCCGUGUGGGACCCUAAACAGGAAGAUUGCAUCAUUGUUGGCAGCAUGGCCCAACCCCGACGGGUAGAGGUCUUCCACGAGACAGGAAAGGCCGUGCACUCUCUUCGAGGGGAGUGCCUCGGCUCCGUGUGCUCCAUCAAUGCCAUGCACCCUACCCGCUAUGUCCUGGCCGGCGGGAAUUCCAGUGGGCGGCUGCAUGUUUUCAUGAAGCCAGGAAGCUUCUGAGUUUCUGGCGUAGGCUCACCUGUUUAUUCAGAUUGGUCAUUGUUGAAAGAACCUGGGAUUCCUGUGGCUUCAUGUGUGUGCUUGGUUAUGUGUUACAAUUAGUAAAUACAUAGUUGCUUUAUGAAUAA